AUGAUCAGUGAUAUCGGGAGUUACGGCGGGUUGUCAUCGCUCUUGACUUCAGAGUCGGUCCGCGCGGGCCGGUUACCAGACCGUGCUGACGUCAUCCAAGAUGGACGGAGACGUGAUGACUACCACUGUCGCAAGAAAUUUUCAAAGCCUGGCUUCGAAAUGUUAUUUUCCACCGGCCGCAAUGAGUGGUGGUCGGAGAAAAAGGCUCUGCUUUACCAAAUUGAUACAAACUGCGUUGGGGUCUAA